AUGUGUGGCCUUGGAGUAACUAACAUUCAUAAGAUUGUCAUUGAGGUGUGUGAAGUAAUGGUUACACAUUUAUGGCAGGAUUAUGUGUCUAGUUAUUUUCCAUUGACGGAAGAACAUAUGAAAGAGAAAAUCAUUGAUAUGGAAGACAUUUGGCAAUUCCCUCGCUGUUGGGCUGCGGUGGAUGGGUGCCAUAUUUCAAUUAAAUGCCCUGAUGGAGGUGCUAAAGCCGCGAAAGAGUAUCAUAACUUUACGAAUUUCCAUUCGAUUGUUUUGAUGGGCCUUGUUGAUACCAAAUAUAGGUUUGUGUGGGCCAGUGCAGGGAUUCCUGGUAACACCCAUGAUGCUAUGAUAUUGCAAUCAACACAGCUUUGGAAAGACAUAGUGGAACAUAAUUCAAUUCCUUCAAUGUCGAAGGAAAUAUGUAAUGUAGAAAUUGGUCCACUCAUUGUUGCAGAUUCUGCUUUUCCAUGCACAACAUGGAUUAUGAAGCCAUAUAGCAAUGCUGUUCUAUCACCAGAAGAAACUUUAAUUAUAGGUUGUCUCGGGCAAGGAUGGUUACCGAAUGUGCAUAUGGUCAGCUGA